AAGAAAGAAAUGCGUAGAUGAAAAAGAAAAAUACUGAAUGUUUGUCGAAGUGCCACCCACCGUCCACUUGCUUUUGUCUUGGGGAAAGCGCAUCCACCUUCCACUUGCUUUUCCUUUUCUUUUUCUCACCACUCAAUUAUAUGGUGUUUGACAAAUAUCUGGGCGGCUGGGUGCACCACCAAUAAUGAUUCCUCCAGCCAUUCUGCAGUGUGGUAAUCCAAACCCAGUCUUCUGCAGUUUGGUGGUAUCGCGGUAACAGACACCAAUCCUCUGAAUUCCUAUUGCAAAGCAACAGUCGACACAGAUAUGGCGGACGUCCUCCUCUCAGCUUCGCUUCAAGUUCUAUUCGAAAGGUUGGCUUCUCCAGAGCUCAUAAACUUCAUUCGGCGACGGAACCUUAGCGAUGAACUCCUCAGCGAGUUGAAGAGGAAACUCGUGGUUGUUCUCAAUGUGCUCGAUGAUGCGGAGGUGAAGCAAUUUUCCAACCCAAAUGUCAAAGAGUGGCUCGUCCAUGUCAAGGGUGCUGUGUAUGAUGCGGAAGACCUGUUGGACGAGAUCGCUACCGACGCUUUGCGUUGCAAGAUGGAAGCUGCUGACUCCCAAACCGGCGGAACUCUUAAGGCGUGGAAAUGGAACAAGUUCUCUGCUUCUGUGAAGACUCCAUUUGCUAUCAAAAGCAUGGAGUCCAGGGUCAGGGGCAUGAUUGAUCUACUGGAAAAAAUUGCACUAGAAAAAGUUGGGUUGGGGCUGGCAGAGGGUGGGGGCGAGAAACGGUCACCAAGACCAAGAUCACCAAUAUCCACUUCUUUGGAGGAUGACUCCAUUGUUGUCGGCAGGGAUGAAAUUCAGAAGGAGAUGGUGGAGUGGUUGCUUUCUGACAAUACAACAGGCGACAAAAUGGGGGUGAUGUCCAUAGUGGGCAUGGGCGGCAGCGGCAAGACCACGCUUGCUCGGCGUCUCUAUAACGAUGAGGAAGUGAAGAAACACUUCGACUUGCAAGCAUGGGUCUGUGUUUCCACUGAGUUUCUCCUUAUCAAACUCACCAAAACAAUUCUUGAGGAAAUUCGUUCUCCACCUACUUCCGCUGACAACCUAAAUUUGCUUCAGCUUCAACUCAAAGAGCAACUUAGUAACAAGAAAUUUCUGCUUGUUCUUGAUGACGUCUGGAAUUUGAAUCCUCGUGAUGAAGGUUAUAUGGAGCUUAGUGAUCGUGAAGGUUGGGAACGUCUACGAACUCCACUCCUCGCUGCAGCAGAGGGAAGCAAGAUUGUUGUGACCAGUCGUAAUAAAUCUGUUGCAGAAGCCAUGAAAGCGGCCCCUACUCAUGAUCUUGGGAAAUUAAGCUCUGAAGAUAGUUGGUCCCUGUUUAAAAAGCAUGCAUUUGGAGAUAGAGACCCGAACGCAUUCCUUGAGCUUGAACGCAUAGGCAGACAGAUUGUGGACAAGUGUCAAGGAUUGCCUUUGGCUGUGAAAGCACUCGGCUGUCUCUUGUAUUCUAAGGACGAAAAAAUGGAAUGGGACGAUGUGUUGAGAAGUGAAAUAUGGCAUCCGCAGCGUGGCUCCGAAAUUCUUCCGUCUUUGAUAUUAAGCUACCAUCAUCUUUCUUUACCUCUGAAGCAUUGUUUUGCUUAUUGUUCUAUUUUUCCCCAGGACCACCAAUUCAACAAAGAGAAGCUGAUUUUAUUAUGGAUGGCAGAAGGUCUUUUACAUCCACAACAAAACGAAGGAAGGAGAAUGGAAGAGAUCGGUGAGUCAUAUUUUGAUGAGCUUCUUGCCAAGUCUUUCUUUCAAAAAUCUAUUGGAAGAAAAGGAUCAUGCUUUGUAAUGCAUGAUCUAAUACAUGAAUUGGCUCAACAUGUGUCCGGAGAUUUUUGUGCUCGAGUGGAAGAUGAUGAUAAAUUACCAAAAGUAUCUGAGAAGGCUCACCACUUUUUGUACUUUAAUAGUGAUUAUAGCUAUUUGGUAGCAUUUAAGAAUUUUGAGGCUAUGACUAAAGCUAAAUCUCUUCGAACAUUCUUAGGAGUGAAGCCAACGGAACACUAUCCUUCUUAUACUUUGAGUAAAAGAGUUUUGCAAGAUAUAUUACCAAAAAUGUGGUGUCUACGCGUGUUAUCAUUAUGUGCAUAUGAGAUAACUGAUUUGCCUAAAUCGAUAGGUAAUUUGAAACAUUUGCGUUACUUGGAUUUGUCUUUCACGAGGAUUAAAAAAUUACCCGAAUCAGUAUGUUGUUUAUGCAAUUUACAAACGAUGAUGCUGGGAGGAUGUUCUAGACUUGAUGAAUUGCCUUCAAAGAUGGGAAAAUUGAUUUAUUUGCGCUAUCUUGAUAUUGAUGGAUGUAAUUCAUUGAGAGAAAUGUCAAGUCAUGGAAUUGAUCGAUUAAAAAAUUUACAAAGGUUGACUCAAUUUAAUGUGGGCCAAAACAAUGGAUUAAGAAUUGGAGAAUUGGGGGAGCUUUCAGAGAUUCGAGGAAAACUUCAUAUUUCAAACAUGGAGAAUGUGGUGAGUGUUGAUGAUGCAUCAAGGGCUAAUAUGAAGGAUAAAAGUUAUCUUGAUGAGUUAAUCUUUGAUUGGUGUACCAGUGGUGUUACACAAAGUGGUGCAACAACGCAUGAUAUACUCAACAAGUUACAACCUCAUCCAAAUUUAAAACAACUCUCCAUCAAACACUAUCCUGGUGAAGGAUUUCCAAAUUGGCUUGGAGAUCCUUCAGUGUUGAAUCUCGUGUCCCUUGAGCUUCGGGGUUGUGGCAAUUGCUCAACAUUGCCACCACUUGGACAGCUAACCCAGCUUAAAUAUCUGCAAAUCUCAGGGAUGAAUGGAGUAGAGUGUGUGGGUGAUGAGUUCUAUGGGAAUGCUUCCUUUCAAUUCCUAGAAACACUAUCAUUUGAGGAUAUGCAGAACUGGGAGAAAUGGUUAUGUUGUGGAGAAUUCCCUCGUCUCCAAAAGCUUUUUAUACGAAGGUGUCCCAAACUCACUGGGAAAUUACCAGAACAGCUUCUUUCAUUAGUGGAACUUCAAAUUCAUGAAUGUCCGCAACUGCUUAUGGCUUCACUCACAGUUCCUAUAAUUCGUCAGUUGAGGAUGGUGGAUUUCGGUAAACUGCAGUUGCAAAUGCCGGGUUGUGACUUCACAGCUCUUCAAACUUCAGAAAUUGAAAUUUUAGAUGUGUCUCAGUGGAGUCAACUUCCAAUGGCACCACACCAGCUCUCAAUUAGAGAAUGUGAUAAUGCGGAGUCUCUGCUAGAGGAGGAAAUCUCGCAAACCAACAUACAUGAUUGCAGUUUUUCUAGAUCUCUGCACAAAGUUGGUUUACCCACUACACUGAAAUCACUAUUCAUCUCUGAGUGCUCGAAAUUAGAGAUUCUCGUACCUGAGUUGUCCAGAUGCCAUCUCCCAGUCCUUGAAAGUCUAGAAAUCAAAGGUGGUGUUAUCGAUGAUUCUCUCACGUUAUCCUUCUCAUUAGGCAUCUUCCCCAAGUUGACUGAUUUCACAAUCGAUGGUCUUAAGGGGCUUGAGAAGCUCUCCAUUUUGGUUUCAGAGGGUGAUCCCACAUCUUUAUGUUCCCUGCGUCUAAUUGGUUGCUCUGAUCUUGAAUCUAUCGAAUUGCACGCUCUCAACUUGGAGUCUUGUUUGAUUGAUAGGUGCUUCAACCUUAGGUCGUUGGCACACACACACUCAUAUGUACAGGAGUUGAAAUUAUGGGCUUGUCCAGAAUUGUUGUUUCAGAGAGAGGGUUUGCCUUCCAACCUACGUAAACUUGAAAUUGGCGAGUGCAACCAACUCACGCCCCAGGUGGAGUGGGGUUUGCAAAGGCUGACCUCUCUUACUCAUUUCACAAUCACCGGUGGAUGUGAAGACAUUGAAUUAUUUCCCAAGGAGUGUUUGCUGCCCUCUUCUCUGACUUCUCUUCAAAUAGAAAUGCUUCCCAAUCUCAAGUCUCUUGACAGCGGGGGUCUUCAACAGCUCACCUCUCUAAAACGAUUAGAUAUUUAUGGAUGCUCGAGGCUCCAAUCAUUGACAGAAGCGGGUCUUCAACACCUCACCUCUCUUGAAACGUUGUGGAUCGCACACUGCCCAGUGCUCCAAUCAUUGACAGAAGCGGGUCUUCAACACCUCACCUCUCUUGAAACGUUGUGGAUCCUAGACUGCCCAGUGCUCCAAUCAUUGACAGAAGCGGGUAUUCAACACCUCACCUCUCUUGAAACGUUAGUGAUCGAAAACUGCCCAAUGCUGCAAUCCUUGACAAAAGUGGGUCUUCAACACCUCACCUCUCUUAAAGCAUUGUAUAUCAAAAACUGUUGUAAGCUCAAAUACUUGACAAAAGAAAGACUUCCAGACUCCCUCUCUCUUCUGAGGAUCUCCGAGUGUCCUUUACUGGAAAAACGGUGUCAAUUUGAGAAAGGGAAAGAAUGGCGUUAUAUAGCUCACGUUCCAAAAAUAAUGAUCAAUGGUGUGCUAUAUUAAUCAAAGUGCCACUCCGCCAAUAUAGAGUCAGCACAGAGAAAAGAUUGAAGCAACAGACUGGGAACUCCAGCAAAGAAAAUCCGUUUCCCCUGGCCCAGACUCUGAUCUUUGGCAGGCUUUCUCUGAGGCAGGUGCCCAGACAACAAUAGCAAGUCUGUUAGGACCCAAAAUGGCCAUCACAACAAACCAGCCACAGAAGGAACUUCUGGCCCUGAAACUUGGGGUUUUGGAACAGAGAGUUUUACAGCCACCCCUGCUGCCGCCUCUAAUAUUUCCAGACCCUCCAUUGGAGGCAAUAAUGGCCAACUGUUUGUUGACUCAAAGAAGAUUGAGGGCAAGCUGGCUACUCAACCUGCUGAAUGGGCUGGUUUCUAACUUAUUUGGUGAGGUUAUAUCAUCCUGGGCAGUUCUGGCCAUAAGAGAUGGGAAUAGGUAAAAAAGGCAAAACAAAAAGGGAUUCAUGGCUUUCUGGGCAUGAUUAUGCUGGUCUUGAGCCCAAACAACACCCAUUGUCUUAGGUCAUCGUGACAUUUUAUUUGGCAUUGCAGUGGUGUGAGGUAGAGGGGUGGAUUCUUCAUCCAGAUCUAAAUGCAUUAGCUGGACAAUCGAAUGGUGGUUACUUAUCUAACAGAUGUUGUUUUACUAGACCAUGGAAUGAAAGAAAACUCAAUCCUCUCAUCCGUAAUUCAGAACCAUCUAAAGCCUGGCCAUGGAAUAAGCUCAAGCCUUUCUGUACAGAGCAGCUGGACUCUCUCAAAUUUUUGAUUUGUAAAUAUCCAAAGCUAUGAUUUCAAAGUCAUUAAAUGUGCCAAUCCCCGUUGACCUCAAUCAGAGCUUAAGGAGUGUGUUAGACUGUUACCAUUGAUCACCUCAGUCCAAAAGGCAUUCCAUUCAGGGAAGAGGAAAUAGAAGAAAAUGGCAGCUCUUGAUGUAUUUUGAUUUUGAUCAAGGCUUUCUUGAUGUAUACUCUGAUGUUUUGCUCAAAUUAAUCCUGAUGAUUUUCUUAACUGGAAAGGUGACUUUUCCCAGUGGAGGAAUUGGAGGAAGGGGAGAUUCCUGGGUGCUGAACUAUUGAUGUUCAUUGCUCUGUUCAAGAAGAACAAGAAACUAUUGAAACCCGGCAUUGAGCUGAUGCUUCAUAACGUGUUAUUAUAAGAGACAUAGGCUGCCCGAGUUGUCUGAAUAUACCCCAUAGUCCCUCUGAUGCCUGUACACAAGUCCUUGGGCGCCUCCAGAAAGGAAGCUUGAUAAAGAGCCAUUGUGCAUAAAAAAAAAACACCAGUAGUCAGUGUUCACCCUCACGACAGUAACGCAGCUAGUGUCCUUGAUUCUUACGGUGAGUUGGCCUAUCACAUUCACUUCUGCUUUGAAUUCUUUCUCAUCUUCUCCCACCACCUUCUCCAACUUCUUUUCAGCAACAGAAUUUCCAGAACCUGAUGGUAAUAUCCCUUUAUAGACAGUGCCAAAGGCUUCUACCAUCACUUGUACUCAGGAUUCUGUGAUAAAGCUGCAGAUUUUUGAGGUUCAAGCAGUAGAAAACUAGAGAAAUUGCAGCCAGAGAAAUGAAGAAGAAGAACACAGAGGGGCCUAAGAGGACUGAGAGUAUUAGAAUUGCUUUAUUUUGGUUGCCACUGCCUGAAGUUAGUUCACUGGACUUCAAUAUCUUGAUUAGAGCACUUCUGGAAACAGCAGUUUGAUCCAACCUCCCAUUUGAAAGAGGUAGUCUUUUCCUCCAACAGCUUCCAGUUCCAUUUGGAAACCUCAGGUCCUCAAAAAUAGCUACUGCACAGUAGGCUCCAACACCAAUCCCUGGGUUGGCAAUAUGGGAUUAGUCAGGUGCUUGAAGCUCUCCCAUACACUGGUAUGCAAUUUCCAUCUCCAAGCAUGGCACCAUGCACUGGUUCGUUGCUCACAUUACCAGUCUGUCUUCCAUAUAUCUUAGCCUCUAGAGAACAAGCUGUCUAUUGGUGGUAAGCCCAACUUUUGAUCCUCUUGGCACCGGUUAACUUCCAUUUGCAGUCCAGAUAGCAAGAAGGAAUAGGUCCUCUUCACUUGGAGAGGGUCGGAAUCCAAAUGCAAAAUCACCAGAAAGGCAAAGCCCAUGUGGAGUUUUCAUCAAUGGCAUAGAGAGAUGAACCCAAGCUCAUAUUACUAUAAGCUUGGCUGAUGAGUAACAAGUAGAGGUAGAGAGACAAUGUAUGUAAGUUAUUACGUGAAUAAUUGGUCACCCGACUGCUUUUCUCUGCAUGUUGAUUAAGUUGAAAGAGACUAGCGAAUAUUAUUUUCUUCUAUAAUGAACAUUCUCCUGUAAUUGAA